AUGUUCCUCCAACGCACAGCCUUCGCCCUUGCGAGGCGCACUCCCGUCCGGGCCUUCGCUGCUCGCCCGUUCUCCUCCUCCGUCAUUCGCAGCAACAAGUCGAAAUACAGUGUUGAGAAGGAGGGCAAGAUCCUUCCUUUUGAAGACAUUAAGACCGAAGAUGACCUCCUCGCACCCGGUGCUAAGCCCGGUUCCAUUCCCACCGACAUUGAGCAAGCUACCGGUCUCGAACGUCUGGAACUUAUCGGAAAGAUGCAGGGAAUCGAUAUCUUCGACAUGAGGCCCCUGGAUGCCUCCCGCAAGGGAACCCUUGACAACCCUAUUAUUGUCAACGGUGCCGGUGAUGAGCAGUACGCUGGUUGCACUGGCUUCCCUGCUGACUCCCACCAAGUUAAUUGGCUGACGGUGUCUCGUGACCGCCCUAUCGAGCGCUGCGGUGAGUGCGGUAACGUCGUCAAGCUGAACUACAUUGGCCCUGAGGAGGAUCCCCAUGCUCACGAUCACGGCCACGGCCACGGCCACCCCGCACCUGAGGAGCCCAAGACCUUCGCGGACUACGUCAAGCCUGAUUACUGGUACCGGUAA